AUGGUACUAGAGGUACUUAGGAAGGAACGACUCUCUGGUAACCUGAAAAAGUGUACCUUCUGUGCAGACAGUGUCGUUUUUCUAGGUUUUGUUGUAGGAGCUAACGGAAUCCAGGUGGAUGAAGAGAAGAUUAAGGCCAUUCAGGAGUGGCCUAGUCCUAAGACCGUUGGUGAGGUCAGGAGCCUCUAUGGCUUGGCCGGGUUUUAUCGACGGUUCGUCAAGGACUUCAGCACACUCGUCGUCAUAAAGAAGGAUGUUGGUUUUAAAUGGGACGCGGCCCAGGAAGAAGCUUUCCAGCUUCUAAAAGACAGGCUUACUCACGCCCCUUUACUCUCUUUACCUGAUUUACUAAAACUUUUGAAAUCGAGUGUGAUGCUUCAGAUGACCGGCGACCGAGCUGUUCCCACUCAUGAAUUGAACAAAAACGAAGUCCAGAGGAGGAUUACAAAAGGGAAAGCCGUGGCCGUGGCACGCAAUGGUGGAACAAGCAAGAAACCCUCCGUGAGAUCCGGUGGUGAGCCAGCCGCCAAGCGAGCAAGGAACGCCGAGCUCACUCUGGUUCCAACCCUUGAACCAAAACGGAAUGGGGAGCAGGCAGCCUCUGAGAACGAUGGAGACGAGCUGAGAGCCAUAGUCCCUCAUGAACCCGAUUGUG